UGCAGACGGCGGCGCGUGCGGGGAGGGAGAGGGCGGCCUUUGCGGCCGCGGUGAGGAGCGCGGUGGCGGAGCUUGCGGCAAAGGUGACGGGUUGCCGGAUGCUGAAGGCGGCAGCCCUCGUGUGCGUGUGCGCGGCAGCCUGGUGCGGCGCGGCGCUGGCGGCCGCGGGCAGACCGGACAGCGGCAAUUUUCUGGACGAUAAACAAUGGCUCACGACCAUCUCCCAAUACGACAAGGAGGUCGGGCAGUGGAACAAAUUCCGAGACGAUGACUAUUUUCGUACAUGGAGCCCGGGUAAACCAUUUGAUCAAGCUCUAGAUCCUGCUAAAGAUCCGUGUUUAAAGAUGAAAUGUAGUCGCCAUAAGGUCUGUGUUGCACAGGAUCAACAAACUGCUGUUUGCAUUAGUCACCGAAGGCUUACACACAGUAUGAAAGAGGCUGGUUUAGGCCAUAAACAGUGGAGGGGUGGUCCCAUUUCAUCAAACUGCAAGCAGUGUCCAGUAGUUUAUACCAAUCCUGUUUGUGGAUCAGAUGGUCACACAUAUUCUUCUCAGUGCAAAUUAGAAUAUCAAGCCUGUGUCUCAGGAAAACAAAUCUCAGUGAAAUGCAAAGGACGUUGCCCUUGCCCUUCUGACAAAUUCACUAAUACAGGCAGAAAUGAUAGGAGAGUGUGCAGUGACCUGGAAUUCAGGGAGGUUGCAAACAGAUUGAGAGACUGGUUUAAGGCACUUCAUGAAAGUGGAAUUCAGAAUAAGAAGACUAGGAUUGUUCAAAGGCCUGAAAGAACCAGAUUUGAUACCAGCAUUUUGCCAAUUUGCAAAGACUCCCUUGGCUGGAUGUUUAACAGGCUUGAUACGAACUAUGACCUUUUGUUGGACCAGUCAGAACUUGGAAGCAUUUACCUUGACAAGAAUGAGCCAUGCACCGGGGCGUUCUUCAAUUCUUGUGACACAUACAAGGACAGUUUGAUAUCUAACAAUGAGUGGUGCUACUGCUUCCAAAGACAGCAAGACCCACCUUGCCAGACAGAACUCAGCAACAUUCAGAAGCAGCAAGGAGGAAAGAAGCUCCUAGGACGGUACAUUCCCUUAUGUGAUGAAGAUGGGUAUUACAAACCAAGUCAGUGCCAUGGAAGCAUAGGGCAGUGCUGGUGUGUUGACAGAUAUGGUAAUGAGGUAACAGGAUCAAGAACAAACGGUGCAGCAGAAUGUGCGAUUGAUUUAGAGACUUCAGGUGAUUUUGCCUCUGGUGAUUUCCAUGAAUGGAAAGAUGAUGAAGAUGAUGAAGAUGAAAUAAUGAAUGAUGAAGACGAAAUUGAAGAUGAUGAUGAUGAAGAUGAAGGAGAUGAUGAUAUUGAUGAUGAAGAUGAUCAUGAUGGAUAUAUUUGAUGAUAUUAGGGGGUGCAUGAAUUGUACCUUUCUAAAAUUCACACGAUAACAUUUCAUAAAAUCCCCUUGCUCUCCAAGGUCAAAAGGAUUCUAACAAACAUGUAUAUUUUGUAUGAUUAUUUCAAACAUUGCAGCUGGAGUCAUAGACUUUUUUGUUUAAAUAAGAAUAAUUAUAUUAUGUGCUUUUAAGUUUUCAAAUGCCUUUGUGCUGAAGAAAACACAUUGGAAGUCUAGCCUGAAGAAACAAGUGUUAUGUGCUACUGAAAAUAUAAAUGUGCAAAACAUACUGUAAAGACAACCAGUCUCUCCAACGGAAAGAUAUUUGCCCUUACUUGGAAAUGUGCAUGUCCUCUUCAGCACACAUACUGUAACUUAACUUUAGUUCUGUCAGUGUUUUCAGCCCUUCAGGCUUUGCAAAUUGUCCAUUUAAUAAACCAAAAUCAUAUUACAGUAGAAAAUCUUUGGUGCACAAAUAGUAUCUCACCACCCUCUGAUUAAACAAAAGUAUGGAGAAAAAAUAUCAGGAGAGAGGAAUAAAGCAAAAUCCUCCUUUGCAUUUGCUUUUUUAGUUAUGGUUUUUGUUACGAAGUGGCUAGGUUACUGAAAGGAUUUUUCAGAAGCAGUAGCAUGGAAAAGCACCGAUUCCGUAAUUCUAAAAUUUUCUUGUCCUUCUGUAUUUUUUUUGUUCAUGUCAAGUUUGUAAAGGCUUUAUCAUUAUUUACUCAGCAUUGCUUAACUCUUUGGGUUUUUUCUUUUUUUUUUUUUCUCUAAUCAGAUUAGCAUCAAAUAUUUAAAUGGGGAAAAAACUGUGCUUAAAAUUAUAUUACCUUUAUACAUGACUGUAUUACACAGUAUUGGCACUUGCCCCAGGGUAAUAUUUAAUAAAUAAAAAGUGAUAGUUUUUAUUUUCUCAAUUCAAGAAAUAGUUUUGCAUCUUUAUCUUAAUUCAUGUUCUUUUCUGUUACUAGUCCAGAAACUUAGAGAACGUAUUGUAAAGGUGCCUUGCAAAAUAGAAAUAGAGAGGUUUUAGCAUGCAUACCAGUAUAGGAUGUUAGGCAAUAGCUAAGCACACCGAAUUACCAAAUUAAUACCAGUAUAGGUACUGCUGCGGGAAUGAAGAAAAUGAGUUAUUUUCAUUUUUUCCUAUUGUUAUGUAGUUACCAUGUGGACUAGAUUAUAAUUAUUGUGUAGAGUAGCACUUAAGAUUUGACUGUAGAGAAAAUUACUUUAAUCACUGUAUUUAUGUUAGCAUGUUAAUUAAUUGUGUAGACAUUUUGGGACUCCACCGUAUUCAUUCAUAUCAUAUCUAUUGCUUUCUGCCCACAACAAAAUUGACAUGACCUGUUUAAUGUAAUAAUACAGGUUGUGUAACUUCAAAAAUCAGUCACUGGUUUCCUAUCAUUAUUUAAAAGGAAAAUCAGUUUCUUAUUUGAAUUCAUUUCUACAAAUUAAAUACUGAAUUCAAUGUUUAUCCUAUGUAGUAUUGAAAAGUAUAAUGCAUUUUCUUUUUUUAUUGCUUCUUUAUAGUUUGCAAAAUAAAGACUCUUGUAACCAACCUUUGGCUAGUAUAGCCCAUCGUUUUGACUUUUUGCAUAGUUUGAAAUUGUGAAACAGGAAGAAUUCAUGUUUCAGAUAUCCAUAUCCUUCACCUAUUAAAAUAUGUAUUUAUUUGUAUAAAGCCAUUUAUUAAUGUUUUGUUUCUGGUAAAGAAAUUUUGACUAAGGCAAAACCCAUGGGGUUCGGGGUUUUUUUAUUUUUAUGUAUUUUUUCCUGAGUUUUCUAUAGCUUUGUUGUGUACUUUUAUGACAUUGUCUUCAUUGCAUACUAAAGAAAGAGAUAUUUCUUUCCAAACUCUGUCAUAAUUUGUGGGGCAUAGUUGUAUUAUUUUCUUAAAUAAAAGUAGUUAAGAGUUUACCAUUCCAAUGUAGUGGGAUUUUAUCAGAGAACAGUUUCUUAUGACUGAAAUUAACUAAAAUAUAAAUUGAUUUUAAAUAAAGAA